AUGGAGAGACUAGGAGAUGAUGUACUGGCCUUGAUUUUCCACCGGAUCCAAGACCGAAAUGACAGAAAGUCAUGUUCUCUAGUUUGCAAGCAAUGGUUCAUAAUCGAGGGCAUGACAUCUUCAAAUCUCCGCGUUUUCGAGCCCAACCUUCUCCGAAACUUCCUUCCCAGGUACCCAAAUCUUCUUAAAUUCGAAUGUUCUGAGGUAAUCUCGAAUUCCCAUGUCGAAUUUUUGGCCCAGACGUGCCCAAUAAUUCAGUCAUUGAACCUGAAUUUCAAGGAAAAAACUCAACUUUAUUAUGAAACGGAUGAUAAUCUGAGCUUUGAUGAUUUUGAUGAUGAGGGUCUGCGUGCUAUUGCAAAGGGCUGUUGUGAUUUAAACUCGGUUUUAUUGAGGAAAAGAAGUGGUGUAGGAGAUGCUGGGGUUUCUUCACUGGUUAAUUUUGCGCACAAUUUGAGGGUUUUGGACUUGAGUUACUGUCGAAGGGUUACUGAUGAAGGGCUUAGAUCUAUUGGGACAGCCAAUUCUUUGGAGAGUUUGAAUUUGCAGGGUUGUUGCUUGAUAUCGGACUUGGGUUUGAAGUCCCUAGCUUUAGGGCCUUUGUGUCAUACCUUAAAGAAAUUGAUGAUUGCUGAAUGUGAUCGGAUUUCAGACUCUGGGGUUGAGAGUUUGAUGAAAUUGAGUUGUUUGGAGGGGUUAGAUUUGGGGGACUGUGGGCCAAAAGUGACUGACAUUAGUGCAAGAGCUUUUGCUGCAAUGAGAAAUCUGAUGAGAUUGAAUUUAUCCUGGCUUGUAAAUGUAUCGGAUCAAACGCUUAUAUCUUUGGCUCAAAAUUGCAAGAACUUGACGUCCCUUAAUUUGACAGGUUGUGAAUUCGUUACUGGUAAUGGGAUUUGCUCCUUCCAGAAUCACGAAUCAUUGAAAGAGCUUAUUUUGAGAUAUUGUAAAAAUCUCUUGGUUUCUGAUUUGGUGUAUUUGGUGCAUGGAUGCGAGACGCUAGAGCGGAUCGUGCUUGAUCGAGCACUGAAGAUAUGGAUUCCCGCACUAGCGGAUCAUAAUAUUCUGUUUGUGUUAAUGGCUGACUUUUGGUACAGACAUCAUGAUUAUCUGCUUCAGGUUGGAAUGGUUUUCGGGAGGAUCCUGGACUGGAUUUCAGGGACUAUUCUAUUUGUGUUAAUAGCUGAUUUCUACAGACAAAUACUAUGUUCCACUGGUUUUUGA